AUGGGCUAUACGUUCUCGCGUGCACAGAUGGAGGAUUAUAAGGAACUUGUGAAGGGUCGUUUCUCUGACGGCGCGAUUGAGUUUCUUUUCCUUAAGUUCCAUCGUGCAGCACCCAACGGUAUCAUGACACCGGUGGAUUUCAAACACUACAUUGAGAGCACGGAAGUGUUUAAAACAUACAAGCACACCCAUUCGAAGUCGUAUCUCAAAAAUGUAGAUGAAGACAGUGAAGAAGAGGAUGGAGGGGGAGGUGGGGAAAGAAUAGGGUCAUCGAGUUCGGAGAUGUACGAGCAUCUUUUCAGGGGUUAUGACCGUGAUUGUGAUGGGGUUAUAUCCUUUAGCGAGUUCCUUCUGUAUCACUUGGCAGUUAUUUACAGUACGGAGGAACUUUUUGUGGUUGUGUUCAAUGCCUACGAUGCUGAUCAGGAUGGGUUUCUUUCCCUAAACGAUAUUGUCACUACCAUCACCGCAGCAACGAAGUAUGUUGGUGACUGUGAUAUAGAUGAUCCGGAGGUGAAGCGUGUCAUAAACGAGGAAGCACAACGGCUUAUGAUGUUUCUAGAUGUCCGGAAGGAUGGACGCAUUCGGCCAGAGGAUAUGAGACUAAUCACGCAAAAGCAUCCGGAGGUGCUGGAGAAGAUGAAGAAUUUGAUGUAG